AUGGCAGGCUCAAAGGAAACCCAACGGAUCGAAGAGUCUUUGGAACUACAGGAGAUCGAUAAGGACAUCUUCAAAUCGAUCAAACUCUGGAAAUUUACUCGUGGUGUGGGCGCUUUCGGGGGAAAUAUCAUCGCUCAAGCUGCACAUGCGGCAACCAAGACUGUCCAGAUCGGUUAUCAUCUCCACUCUCUUCAUUGCUACUUUAUCAGCUUUGGGGAUGUGGACCUACCGACCGGAAUCAUCUAUCUGGUCGACCGGAUCCGAGAUGGGAAAUCAUAUGCGACCCGAGCAGUCAAAGCCAUCCAAAGAUCACGCUGCAUCUUCACCCUGCUCAUCUCGUUCCAUAAACCGGAACUCAACCAAAAAGUCCUGGAACCCAAGAUCGAUCUCGACCCGAUCACUCCUCCUGAAGAGUGCCAACCCGUCGAAACUAGACUCCAGAAUUACGUGAACGAAAACAAGGCCUCUUUCAAGCCGAAAAUGCUCGAGUAUCUCGAACGCGAGAUCGAAGAGAAUAGGCUGAAUGCAAUCGAACAUCGAAAUACGAGAUUAAAGAAAUUCGAUCAGUCUUCUAAUCCCGAUACGUCGGAGUCAUACUGGUUUCGAUCACGGGCCAAGAUCCGAUCCGAUCCCGCGUACCAAAAGCUAGUAUUGGCAUACGCUUCAGAUUUUCGGUUCAUUGGCACUGUUAGUAAAGCCAUGGGCUUGAACCUCCCGGGGGGGCCGAGAGCGUCGAUGCUGGCUUCACUAGAUCACUCUAUGUUUUUCUAUGACCAUGAUUUCGACGUUAGCGACUGGAUGCUAUACAAGAUGGAUGCUGAGUCUGGGAAGGAUGGACGAGGGCUGGUGAUAGGCCGGAUCUAUGCGCGUGAUGGCAGACUACUCGCAGUCUGUACUCAGGAAGGUGUGGUGCGGGUAGAAGCAGAAGGCACCAAAGUCGCACCUAAACUCUAA